CUUCGCUUUCCUUUCCUUUCCUUUCCCUUCUCUGCCACUUUCCCCUUGGCGCCUACUCCACCACCGUUUCUCCGCCUCCUUGUCCCACUCACGCGGAGAGGAGAGGAGAAAGCCACGCGACUCGAGGCGACCGUACGGCGGCCGCGACGAGGAGGAGGAGGAGCAAGCCACGCCGAGAUUUUGGUGGGGAGGGAAGAGGAGGCGGGCCUCCAAUUUCGCCUCCGAUUCUGUCUCCGAUCGCCGGUCGCGGGAGGAGCGGCGGCGGGGGGAGGGCGGAGAGGUUUGGGGUGGUGGUGGUGAUGGAGCCGUACGCGGCGGCGGAGGGGGGAGGAGGAGGAGGAGGUGGAGGCAGCACCGACACCGGGCUCGAAGAGUCGAUGUGGAGGAUGGGGCUGGGCGGCGGCGGGGGUGGCGGAGGGGAGGCGGUGGCGGCAGGGAGGCUGCCGGAGCGGCCGGGGGAGGCGGACUGCGUCUACUACCUCCGCACGGGGGCUUGCGGCUACGGGGAGAACUGCCGCUACAACCACCCGCGCGAUCGCGCCGCCGCAGCAGUGUUAAAUGGAGGUGGGAAGACCACACAUUCGGCAGAGUAUCCAGAACGGCCGGGGCAACCAGUUUGUGAGUACUAUAUGAAGAAUGGAACUUGUAAGUUUGGCUCUAAUUGCAAGUAUGAUCACCCAAGGGAAGGCUCUGUGCAAGCAGUCAUGUUAAAUUCCAGUGGAUACCCUCUACGCUCAGGUGAGAAAGAUUGUACCUACUAUGUCAAAACUGGCCAUUGCAAAUUUGGAUCUACAUGUAAAUUCCAUCACCCAGAAAUUGGUGGAGUUUCAGAGACACCUAACAUGUAUCCACCAGUUCAGCCUCAGCCUAUCUCUUCCUCUCAUCCAUAUCAACAUCUUGCUGGCUGGCAAAUGGGGAGGCCUCCUGUUUUGCCAGGAUCAUUUUUAUCAGGCUCAUAUCCACCAAUGAUGCUUCCGUCCACAGUCGUACCAAUGCAGGGAUGGAACCCUUACAUUUCACCUGUGAACCAAGUUGCGUCAGCUGGGGGGCAUCAAACUGUUCAAGCAGGGCCGUUUUAUGGCUUAUCGCACCAAGGGCCUUCUGCUGCAGUCACUUAUGGCAGUCAGUAUGCACCGUUAUCUUCUUCAACCAUGCCUUCAAGUAGCAGUAAACAAGAACCUGCCUUUCCUGCGCGACCUGGGCAACCUGAAUGCCAGUAUUAUCUGAAGACAGGGAGUUGUAAAUUUGGAUCUGCAUGCAAAUAUCAUCAUCCUCAGUAUUUGAAUACACCUAAGUCUAACUGUAUGCUGAGUCCUCUUGGUCUUCCUCUUCGGCCGGGUAGCCAACCAUGUGCUUACUAUACACAGCAUGGAUUUUGCAAAUUUGGUCCGACUUGCAAGUUUGAUCACCCAAUGGGUACUCUAAGCUAUAGCCCUUCAGCGUCAUCGAUUACUGAUUUGCCUAUUGCUCCCUAUCCCCUCAAUUACGCUGUUGCUCCUGUGGCUCCACCUUCAUCUUCUUCUGAUUUGCGGCCAGAAUACCUUCUAACCAAAGAGUUUUCAGCCAACCAGUCAGCGUCACCUGGUACUACAUGCGGACCUGCUGGAGCAAUGUUAAAAGCGUACGCUCCACACAUGCUUAUCCGACCUCAAACUUCUGGAGCUGGUGGCAUGGUUACAACUCAUGGUGGAGAGCUCUAACCACCUUCAGCAAGCUUCUCGGGACUUUUUUGGCAUAUGGUGAAUGAGAUCUCGUCUCCUUUUUUUGCGUCAGUUCGACUUACCCUCUCAGCAUCAGUUCACUUGGACCCCCACUCAUUGUGAAUAAGGCUUCAACUGACUUUGACAAAGGCAUGGCCAAGGUGGUAAUCUUGCCACCUGAAUAAAUUCAUCAUAGAUAGAUAGGCAGUGGCAAGCUCAUUCACUUGCCGUUUAUCUCUUCAUGUCUGAAAUGGAACAGGGGUCAUUCUGAAGUCCAGUUAACUGUUUGACUGUCAUUGCACUAUGAUUCAGAGCUUCGAAUCCAUCUCCUCGGUACAUAAUUUUAUCGGCGGAGCAGGCCGUUGAGUGUGCACCACUGCAGAGAGUUUCAUGUCAGAAAGUUAUUUGGUUUGGUCGCUCUUGCCCAAAUCUCUGUUUAUUUUUAAUCAUCAUAUAUAUAUGCAAUCUCGAGUUCAGCUAUAUGCAUAUUCAUAUAUAUACUGGGAUCAAGAAACUGUAAUCACACACUUGGAAACCCUCAUCUGAAUCGCCCCAAGCUAACUUGCUGCAUCAUCAUUUUGCUCAUUUAGUCGAUUGCAUCCGACUUAUGUUUGAACCC